AUGCAGCAAGCACACCGCGACUCCGCGCGCUGGUCUGGCGACGUGGAGCUGCAGCAGUACUUCAUCGUUGACGAUUUGGAACCCAUUCGACACGACGGGCUCCUCGCAGAUGGGAUUCUCAAUCAUGCCAUGGGUAUCUGGAACCCGACUGGCCGCGGCCUUGAGGACCUUGAGGAUGAGAUGGAUCGCCUUUCCUUGAACUUGAGGAGGCUGUUCUAUGAGGAGUAG